UUGCCUCUUAACUAUACCUUCGUCUUAGUCUGACCUUAGCUGGCGACUGGCGGACAGCUGCGAGCCGUGUGUGUGGACUGGACCGAGUAUUGGCAGAUGGGUAAUCCGUAUAGUACCUGAGUACCUACAGUACGCGGCUACGCUCCUGUGUACAGUGUAAUCCACAGUCGCGGAGCGCUAAUGUUGGCUUGCGGGGCAUCGUUCUCGAUAAGGCUUAUCGUCGAGAAAUUUCCAAGAACCAUCGUCAACUUUUUUGAACUUUUUCGGACGCGAGACCUCGUUAAAGUGCAAUUCGGUCUUUGCUGUUGGACCGGGCACACACAAUGGCACCAGAAACCAAGGUCGUGAAGAAGGAGGCGAAAAGGGACACCCGAGCUUGGGAUGCGCUCACCCCGCCCCUGGCAGAAUGGAUUCUUGACUACCUCUCGAGCUCUGGCUUCGAUCGCAUGACGCCCGUUCAAGCCGCCGUGCUCCCGCUUUUCAGUUCCAGCAAAGAUGUCGUCGUCGAGGCGGUCACAGGCAGCGGGAAGACUCUCAGCUACCUCAUCCCCAUCAUCACCCGAUUGCUACGGAUGGAAGAACCUACGAAACCGCGACAUGUAGCAGCCAUCAUCGUCUCGCCGACGCGAGAGCUGGCCUCGCAGAUCUUCAAAGUCCUCACCGAUCUCGUACGCUUCCACCCUACCUCGGCCGAGCUGCUUCCUCAUUUGGACGGCGACGAGAAGCGACCUGCGACGAAAGAGCCCUUCGUACUGCCACAACUCCUCGUCGGCGGCACCACGACCCCUGCGCAGGACCUCAGCUUUUUCCUGCGGCACUGCCCGAAUGUGCUCGUCGCGUCCCCGGGGCGGCUGGUCGAGUUGCUGUCUUCGCCGCAUGUCAGCUGCAACCAUUCGAGUUUCGAGGCGCUUGUCCUGGACGAAGCCGACCGAUUGCUUGAUCUAGGUUUCAAGCAGGAUCUCCAGAACAUUCUAAGCCGCCUGCCCAAGCAACGGCGAACGGGACUCUUCAGUGCCAGUGUCAGUGAUGCCGUGUCCGAGAUCAUCCGUGUGGGUCUGCGAAAUCCAGUCAAGAUUCAGGUCAAAGUCAAGAGUCUGAAAACGGGUGGAGUUAUAGAGGAGCGAAGGACGCCAGCGAGUCUGUCCAUGCGAUAUCUCCUGGCGCCGGCGUCUCAGAAGCUGCCUGCACUGGCCCAGAUAUUAGAAAAGCUGGAACCGAGGCCACAGAAGACCAUCAUCUUCUUUUCUACGUGUGCCGCGGUGGACUAUUUCCAGCAUGUCCUCCCCUUGCUUUUACCGCAGGGUUACGCAAUCAUACCGCUCCAUGGCAAGCACCAAUCAAAAGUACGGCAAAAGAACUUUACCAAGUUUGUCAACUCCGCUGAGCACACCAUCCUCUUGACAACAGAUGUCGCUGCCAGAGGUCUGGAUGUGCCCCAGGUGGACUUGGUUGUCCAGAUUGAUCCGCCAUCAGACCCCAAGGUGUACCUCCACCGAUGCGGCAGAGCCGGCAGAGCGGGAAGAAAAGGUCUGUCGGUGUUGUUUCUCCAGCCAGGCAAAGAAGAGGACUACGUCCCAUUUCUCGAAAUUCGGAAGACGCCCAUCGAGGCCUUGACAUACCCCGGAAUCACGCUCAACGAGCCUGACGCGGGCGCGGCUUCAGACAAGAUCAGAGACCUCGUGAGAGAGGACCGCGCACUGUACGACAAGGCGCAGCGCGCCUUCGUGUCGUGGGUACGGAGCUACAACAACCACACGGCAUCCUCCAUCUUCCGGGUCGCGGACCUCGACUGGACCGACCUGGGCAAGGGAUGGGGUCUCCUCCGCCUGCCCAAGAUGCCCGAGGCCAAGAAGUGGGACGGCGACAAGUCCUUUGGCAUCGAGAUGGACUGGGAGAACUUCGCGUACAAAGACAAGGCCCGCGAGAAGCAGCGCCGCGACGAGAUAGAGAAGGCGAACGACCCCGCGACGGAGGAGAAGGCGGUGGCGUUCAAGGCCAAGAGGAAGAGGAACACGGAGGCCUGGAGCGACAAGAACGAGAAGGAGGACACGCGCGUCGAGAGGAGGGAGAAGAGACAGAAGAAGAAGGAGGCCGAGAGGAAGAGCACCCUGACCGAGGAGGAGCAGGUCAAGGAGCGUGACCUGGAGGAUAUGCUCGCUCAGAUCAGGAAGCAGAAUAAGGCAAAAUUUGCCGCCGAGAAGGCCGCCAAGGCCACCAAGGGCGACGACGAGUUUGAGGGGUUCGAAUAAAUAGAUACCCGCGUGGGAUAAGCGAAAAAAAAAACCCCCCCAAUUUAAUUUGAAAUGGACUUUGCAUUGCCGUGGUAGCCUGGAUAUUGCUCUUUAAUUAUAUUACGAGCUUAGCUACGCUGAAUACCAACCUCGUACCGUUGCAGUAUCCUGGGCUGCAGCACCUGGUUCACCUUGGUCAAAUAGACGUUUGCCUCACCCGGACAUUGAGCGGCUUCAAGCGAAAUGCACGUUUGGUGAAACACUUUCUGUCAC